AUGAACAGUGAGAGAACGGCGCGGGUCAAAAACAAGGCAGUUGCUCCGCUGCAGAUUACGGCGGAGCAGAUUCUGCUGGAGGCUUUUGAGCGCCGAGAUGACGGUCUUAAGGUGCCAGAGCAGCGGAUCACUGACUCGGAGGAGCUGAAAGAGUAUCAGGGGAGAAAGCGAAAAGAAUAUGAAGAGGCGUUACGUCGAAACAGACUGAAUUUUGGCCAGUGGAUGCGAUAUGCUCAAUGGGAAAUCGACCAGCGAGAAAUGGAAAGAGCUAGAUCAGUUUUUGAAAGAGCUCUGGAUGUAGAUUCGACUAAUGUUCCGCUGUGGAUCAGAUAUAUUCAGUGUGAAUUGAAAGAACGAAAUAUCAACCAUGCCCGAAAUCUGUUAGAUCGAGCAGUGACGAUUCUACCGCGAGUCGAUAAACUGUGGUUUAAUUAUGUUUCAGUUGAAGAAAUGCUGUCUAAUAUUCCAGGGUGUAGACAGGUGUUUGAACGAUGGAUGGCCUGGAGACCCAAUCCUCCAGCCUGGAAUGCAUAUAUUAAUCUGGAAAAAAGAUAUGGUGAAUACGAUAGAGCCAGAGACAUCUUUGAACGGUUCACGGCCGCUUAUCCACAGUCGGAAAACUGGAUCAAAUGGGCUCGAUUUGAAGAAGAAGUGGGCACGGCUGAGAAUGUCCGCGAUGUAUAUACACUGGCAGUGGAUACUAUCUUGGCUAUUGGAGGAGAAGAGUUUUUAGAUGAGAAGAUUCUUGCUAACUGGGCUAAAUGGGAAGCUCGUCAGAAAGAGUGGGAGCGAGCCAGAGCUAUUUAUAAGUUUGGACUCGAGAGACUGUCCAAGAGUAAGAGUGAAAACUUAUACAAUUCAUACACAGCAUUUGAAAAACAGUAUGGUGAUAAAGAUGGUAUUGACGAUGUGAUCUUAUCGAAACGACGGAUAAAGUACGAAGAUCAAGUGACUAGCGAUCCGUUCGACUAUGAUGCAUGGUUCUCAUACUUGACCCUGAUGGAAGAAACGAGCAGUGACGAUGUAGACAGUGUGCGAGAUGUGUACGAACGAGCUAUCGCCAAUGUUCCUCAAAUCGAAGAAAAACGGUACUGGCGAAGAUACAUUUUCUUAUGGAUACGAUAUGCUGUUUAUGAAGAACUGACUAAUAAUGAUGUCGAGAGAACUCGAGAAAUAUACAACCAAUGCAUCAAGACCAUCCCACAUAAGAAGUUCUCGUUCGACAAGAUCUGGCUUCUGUAUGCGAAAUUCGAGAUUCGUCAAGGAAAUCUACAACGAGCCAGGAAAAUCCUCGGUCAAGGAUUGGGACUUUCUGGUAAACCCAAGAUCUAUAAAGGAUAUAUCGAACUUGAGAAGGAGUUGAAGGAGUUUGACAGAUGUCGCAAGUUGUAUGAAAAGUUUCUUGAAAACUAUCCGGACCUGCCGCUUGGAUGGAUCGAGUAUGCCACACUUGAACAGCAACUUGGAGAUGAUGACAGAGCACGAGCUAUUUACGAACUAGCCAUUGAGCAACCUGAGAUGGAGAUGCCUGAACUGGUAUGGAAGCGGUAUAUUGAGUUUGAAACCGAGGUUGGCGAGUAUGAUCGAGCAAGAAAACUGUUUGAAACACUUGUGGAGAAAACGAACCACGUCAAAGUAUGGUGCUCCUACGCUACAUUUGAACUUUCUGUUCCUGGAGAAGACAGCGAUGACGAAGACCAUGCCGGAUACAAUGAAGACGACGAAGACGAGGAGCGAGAAAUCGUGGUCACCGAAGAAGCCAAAGAAAGAGCACGUAAAAUCUUUCAAAGAGCAUGGAACCGCUUCAAACAAACAGACCAAAAAGAAGACCGUGUGGUGCUCAACAAUACAUGGAUCGAGUUCGAGAAAACGUAUGGCACGCCCGAAACUCUCUCGACAGUCGAAAAACAAGCACCAUCCAUGGUCAAAAAGCGACGCCGUCUGCCCGACGGGUCGUUCGAAGAAUAUUUCGACUACGUCUUCCCGACCGACGAAGACAACAGCAUGGCCAAACUACUCGAAGCAGCCCGCAAAUUCAAAGAGCGCCAGGCCGCCGCUGCCUCCUCUUCUGUAUAA